ACUAGGUAUUCUGGAUGGCUAUUCCACACAAUCAUCACAGCAAAGCAGUCACAGAUGCUCUCUCAGGACUUCCUUAUCAGAAGCAAUUGAGUCAUUGCGGUCUUGUUACGCAAAGGUCCUGAAUCUCAGCAUUCCCGAGGACGCCAUGUAGCGAUCUUUUCGGAUGAUAGAAGUCCCAUCGCAUCUUUCUAAUCGGAAAAGGUCCGUCAAACAGCCUAAUAUUUAUACCGCAGCUACUUCCCGUGACCACAACUGACGAACUUUUUAAGCUCCAGAAGUGUCCUGCUUCUUUAUCAUAUCAUGGCUAUAUCUAAGUUCCCACCAUUUCCAGAUGACAUCCCCACGCAUCCGCUUCUCGUUGUCGACUAUGCCCUUCUGAAAGUAGGCGAUAAAGAAGAGAUUGAGAGACUAUGGGGAGCCGCUACGCAGUUGGGAUUUUGGUAUCUGAAGAAUCACGGCCUGGAAGAAGAGGCUAAUCGCAUGUUUGACAUGGGCGAAGAGACUAUGAGGCUACCCAUGGAUGAGAAGAUGAAGUAUGAGCAGGGCGACGAUGGGAUGUCUUUUGGGUAUAAAGCCGCUGGUUUCAAUGCUGUCGAUGCCAGCGGAGUCACUGACACUGUCGAAUUCAUCAACAUAGCCAAGGACGAUGCCCUAGCGUACCCCACUCCUGUUCGACGGGAGUACCCCAGUACCGUCAAUGCCCGCAUGUCUAGCACUAUCCAGCCUUUCAUCACAAAGUCAGUACAGAUUAACGACACGAUCCUUGCUAUUUUCAACCAGAAGCUUCGACUGCCGGAGGGGUCUCUCGCGAAGAAACACCGUCGGGAGGAAUUCAGCUCGAGUGAGGCUCGAACGACGAAGAAUCCGGCAGGAUACAGUAACGAUCGAAUGGCCAUCGGGGCGCAUACGGAUUUCGGGUCUUUGAGCUUCCUGCAUAACCGACUUGGCGGGCUACAGGUCCUUCCACCUGGGUAUGAAGAAUGGCAGUAUGUCAAGCCUAUUCCGGGACACGCUAUCUGCAACGUUGGUGACGCGUUGGCGCUGUUCAGCGGGGGGAUCCUGCGAUCCAAUAUUCAUCGAGUAGUCCCUCCCCCCGGUCCACAAGGCCAUCUCGAACGCUGGUCUCUCGUCUAUUUCACCAGACCGGGAGACUCUGUCUUGCUCCGACCUCUCGUAGACGAGAGUGCCAUGAUUGCGGCUGCAGUCGAGAAUGCGGAUCAGCUAAAUACUCCUGUAACGGCACACGAGUGGUUCACGAGGAGGAUCAAGAACCAGAGGAUGAAGAAUAGGACGGGGCCGGAGACGUGGCAGGCGAGUCGGGGAACAGAAGGAGGCCGGGCGUAAUCAUGAUGAAAAUUGUAAAUAUAUCGAGUCCUUAUUUCUUUUGUAUGUGUUAUAUAACCAAAUGCGAACCGGAGUUUUCCGACAACUA